AUGGCUCGCUAUGAGUUGUUGUAUGGUAAGAAGUGUCGAUCACCUAUUCACUGGGACGAAACUGGAGAAAGAAAGUUUUUGGGUCCUCAGUUAGUUAAAAAGACCAGUGAUGCCAUCAAAAAGAUCAAGGCACGGAUGCUUACUUCCCAAAGUAGGCAAAAGAGUUAUGCUGAUCCUAAGCGCCGAGACAUAGAGUUUCAAGUAGGAGAACAUGUUUUCCUACGGAUUUCACCAAUGAAAAGUGUUAAAUGCUUUGGAAAGAGGGGCAAGUUAAGUCCUAGAUUCAUAGCGCCAUUUGAAAUACUCGAAAAGGUUGGACAAGUAGCGUAUCGAUUAGCUUUACCUCCAGCAUUAUCAGCAGUGCAUAAUGUUUUUCACGUAUCAAUGCUGAGAAAGUAUGUAUCUAAUCCAACUCAUGUCUUGAGUUAUGAUACACUAGAGUUGGCACCAGAUCUAUCCUAUGAGGAACAACCAGUUCAAAUCCUGGAUAGGAAGGACAAAGUUCUACGGAACAAGACUAUCUUCUUAAUCAAGGUACUAUGGAAGAAUAACAAGGUGGAAGAGGCCACCUGGGAGUUAGAGUCUGAAAUGAGGACUCAAUAUCCAGAGUUAUUCAGGUUCCUGGAAAAAUUUGGUAAAGGAAAAGCUGUUGUUGAACGGCAGUGA